AAUAUGGCGUCCCCCAUUUAGGCAGCGCCGGUUGUUUCUACCCCAGCUGGCCGGGGGCACUGCUGAGCUAGGGCGGUUGUGUGUUUAGAUCGGCUUCAGGAAGCUGCAGUUAAAAUUCGUUUCUGGUAACAGCUCCAGGAAUCCAUCCUCCUUUUGGGGUCCGGAGUCGCCGCUUCUUUCUAGUCCUUGCAACUUCCUUCCUCUGUCCCUGGUUGUUCCCCGCGCUACCUCCGGACUCCCUGAAGUCCCUGACACUCCCAGACUCAAACUAUGAGCCUUCGACAGCCGCUGUUGCGCUUGGCUCGUUAUCUCGGGGCCUCGGGUCCCCCGCGGCGCCUCUGGUGGUCCCCGUUCCUCGGCAGAAUCUUCCCGGUGGGCUCCUGGCGUGGGCAGUCCUCCAGGUCCCCGGCCCACUGGAACCAAGUGGUGUCAGAGGCGGAGAAGAUCGUGGGCUAUCCCACGUCCUUCAUGAGCCUCCGCUGCCUGCUGAGCGACGAGCUCAGCAACAUCGCUAUGCAGGUGCGGAAGCUGGUGGGGACUCAGCACCCUCUGCUUACCACAGCCAGGGGGCUUGUACAGGACAGCCGGAACAACCUCCAGCUGAGGGGCUUGGUGGUGCUACUUAUUUCUAAAGCAGCUGGGCCCAGCAGCGUGAAUGCUUCCUGUCAGAACUAUGACAUGGUCAGCGGGAUCUAUUCGUGUCAAAGAAGUCUGGCAGAGAUCACAGAACUUAUCCAUACGGCUCUCCUUGUACAUCGUGGGAUAGUAAAUUUAAAUGAAUUGCAAUCUUCUGAUGGGCCACUGAAAGACAUGCAUUUUGGAAACAAAAUAGCUAUCCUGAGUGGAGACUUUCUUCUAGCAAAUGCCUGUAAUGGACUAGCUCUGCUACAGAACACCAAGGUUGUGGAACUUUUAGCAAGUGCCCUUAUGGAUUUGGUACAAGGAGUAUACUAUGAAAAUUCUACUUCAGCAAAGGAAGAUUAUAUCACAAGUGACAUUGGAAUAUCGACUUGGAAGGAGCAGACCUUUCUCUCCCAUGGAGCCUUAUUAGCAAAGAGCUGCCAGGCUGCAAUGGAAUUAGCAAAGCAUGACGCUGAGGUUCAGGACAUGGCAUUUCAGUAUGGGAAGCACAUGGCCAUGAGUCAUAAGAUAAAUUCUGAUCUCCAACCUUUUAUUAAAGAAAAGACCAGUGACUCCACAACUUUUAAUCUAAACUCAGCUCCUGUGGUCUUACAUCAAGAGUUUCUUGGAAGAGAUGUAUGGAUUAAGCAGAUCAGAGAGGCUCAAGAGAAAGGAAGAUUAGACUAUGGUAAGUUGCGAGAAACAAUCAAAGCUGGCAAAGGUGUGACUUCAGCUAUUGACCUGUGUCGUUACCAUGGAAACAAGGCACUGGAGGCCCUGGAGAGCUUUCCUCCCUCGGAGGCCAGAUCUGCUUUAGAAAACAUUGUGUUUGCUGUGACCAGAUUUUCGUGACACCAAAUUAAAAAGAUAUUGUUCAGUAGCUGAAAAAACUGAGGAAUGAGGUGAUCAGGAGAGCUUUCAUAAGGAAAUACCUAAAUUUAUUAAUGACUUUCAAAACAUACACUUUUUUUUUCUUCCUUUUAUCACACUGUUAAAUGAAUACUGCCUUCUUUUUGGAACUGCUGCAAACAAAUUUAGAAGAAAAAAAAGGUCAAGCAGUUUUCACUUGUCACGCCAGAAGCACACUUGAGGCUGCAGUAGCAGAAAUAAUUAAUGAGGUUCGUUCCUGUGACCUCAGCAAAUGGACAGGAAAUAAGUCCUUAUUGAUUGGACCGAGCCAGGGAUGGCGCCAGGGCGGUGGCCUGUGGUUUCCUUCUAGAGAGGACAGAGCAAGCUGGAAGCUGCAGGUGUCAAGAGAAACACUGUCAAUGCCAGCCAGGGAGGACUGUCAAUCAAAAACCAGUGACCAAUUUGUCAUAACAGAAGGGAGUUCAAUGAUUAAGAAAAAAUUAUGCUUUGUCUUCUAGUAAUUGUGUCUCUGUAUUUGUAGAUACAGUAUGAAUAUACUUUGUGUUUCAUGGUUUUUGUAAGAUUUGGGGGUGGGGGGAUUGUUGGGGAAAAAAUACCAAAUAUUUGAAGUAGGAGAUUAAAAUGUUAUCAAACGUU